CACAUCCGCUGUCUCCGGCUCUGUACGCCUACAGAGAGAGCAGAUCAACAGAUACUGCUUUGCACCAUCUCGUGGGCGGAGUCGAAGUGCAGUUGGAAGCAAAGGGAUAUGCCCUGGGCGUCUUUCUGGACAUAGAGGGAGCUUUCGAUAGCACUUUAUAUGAUGUCAUCAGGGAAGCAAUGACCGGGCAUCACAUUCCCGCUGCUCUAGCAGACUGGACACAAAGCAUGCUAACAGGAAGAACCCUGACUGCCAAUCAUGGGGACUCAAGUGUGCAUGGUUUCCCCGCAAAAGGAUGCCUACAGGGAGGAGUUUUAUCUCCCCUGCUUUGGUGUCUGGUCGCGGAUGAACUUCUACGAGAAUUACAGAAGAAAGGCUUCCUCGUCUUUGGUUACGCUGAUGACGUGGCUAUUAUAGUGCGGGGUAGUUUUCUUUCAACACUUAAGGAGACUAUGCAGAAAGCCCUUAAGAUCAUGCAAGACUGGUGUCAAUCAAAAGGACUUAAGGCUAAUCCACUAAAGACCAAGGCCAUGAUUUGCACCAGGAAAUACAAACCUGAAGCCAUUGAGCCGCUUAGACUCUGGCAAAAAGAUAUAGAAUACGUCCAGUCAGUAAAAUAUUUGGGAGUCCACCUAGACACCAAACUGAAUUGGAAAACACAUCUCGAUAUAAAGAAAUCCAAAUUCUACGCCUUGUAUUGGGCGUGUAGAAGAGCAAUGGGAAAAUCCUGGGGUAUGAAACUAAAUACUGCCCUAUGGAUAUACAAAGCGAUACUUGUACCGAGGUUAACGUAUGCUGCUGUUGUUUGGUGGCCCAGAGUGGAAAAGAUGGAGUCAAAGAACCUACUAAAAAGCCUACAAGGUAAUUACUUGAGGGCUGCGGUAGGGAUUAUGAGAACGACACCAACAGAAGCGCUGGAAGUGGCACUCUGCAUUCCAUCUCUAAGAUUGCCCAUCAUCAGCGCUGCCAAACUCACAGCAUAUAGACUAAGGUGUCAGGGGGAGUGGAGAGAUUUCGGUGUAGGUCAUACUAGGCUCGAGUUUCUUCACAAACCUCCCUUUACCUUAAAGCAAGAUAGAAUAUCCAGAAUACGCCAAGUGGACAAGGCGUUCUCCAUAAACUUGACCACCAGGGCGGACUGGAAAAAUAAAAAUCUUCAGAUCCAGCCGGGCACUCAUGCAUGGUUUACUGAUGGAUCUGGAGCAAACGGCUGCUAUGGAGCAGGCAUCUACUGUCCAGGAUUAAAUCACAGAGAGUUUUUCUUUUUGGAUAAAUUGGCCACGGUCUUUCAAGCGGAAGUCCUGGCCAUUCUGGAAUGUGCAAGACUCCUACUCUCAAGAGAGACAAAAACUAGGAGGAUCAAUAUCUAUACGGAUAGCAAAGCAGCCAUAGGAACUUUUGCCAAGACCACCACUGAAUCUUUAGUGGUUUGGGACUGUAUGCAAGCUCUAAACAAAUUGGGCGAGCAAAACAACAUCACGCUUGUCUGGGUACCUGGCCACCAAGGUAUCCAAGGAAAUGAAGUGGCUGAUAGUCUGGCAAAACUGGGAACCUUGGAGGAACCAGUCUGCCAGAAAGUUGGAGUUCCCUUUGCGACAGGGAAAAACCAUAUCAAGAACUGGCUGAAAAGGGAGCACAGGAUUUCUUGGGAGAUACUGAAGAGCUGCCGCCAAGCUAAGGCCCUGAUGACUCAGCCAUUGCCAGGUAAGACCAAAGAACUACUGACAAUGAGUAAGUACAGACAAAGACUGUGCAUAGGUCUCCUCACAGGGCAUUGGGCCUUCAAGGCACAUUUAUUCAACUUAGGCCUAGUUGAGGAGAGUAGUUGUAGAUUUUGUAGUGAGGAGGAGGAGGACAGCGUGCACAUAUUGUGUCGCUGCCCGUCUCUGGCACUCAAGAAAUUCAGAUUUUUGGGCUCCAUGUUUGUGGAGCCCGAGGACCUGAAAAUAAUUAAAAUCGGCCAACUGUGUAGCCUGGCAGCAAAUGCCGGGUUUUAG